AUGGCCACCACCACAGAUCAAGCAGUGGAUCUGCAACGGCGGUUUACUUCCGCAACAGUCGCUCCGCGCGGAGUUGGGGCGGGUCUUCAGAGCCAGGCCUUACAUGCCGAGUCUGCCAACAUGCCCGAGCCCAGCAGUGCCUUCUUCAGACCCCAGAACCAUCUGGAUGGUUGCGCAGCGAAUGCUAACUACAAUCAUAUCCCAGCCCUUGAUACAUCUAGUCUUCGUGUCUCUGAACCUUCAUUGGGCCCACCGCAGAUAGGUCCCUCGGCUGUACCGCGUUUCGCGUCCAUGAUCGCAAUGGAUGAGAGAGCGACCCCUCCGAGUCCUGGGACAACGGCCGCAAGCACAUUUUCAACUCACAAAAAACACUCAAUUUUGAACGGGUUGAACGAAUAUGCCACGGAAACAACUACCCCUUCCUUUGCGCAACCCUUGGUUUCCGAGUCAUGGAAAAAUGGCCACGUGCGCCCCCCUUCCAGCCCCGCGAGAAGACAAGUUGAGUCGCAAGUGCAGCCAAAUCGAGGGCAUAAACGGACUGCGACAGGCGACGUCAAAAUGGCUGUGUCUGGGUCCCAAAACCAGUUCCGUGCCAAUGGAGUGAAGGGCCAUUCAAGAACAUUGAGUUUAGACUCCACGGGGAGUAAAAUCGCCGAGCUGUCCGCUCAACUUCGAGCUCGUCUAUCAUAUGCAGCAGCUAAAGUCGAAAAGAACUGGCAGGGGCAACAAACAGCGACUACGUCAAGCCGAUUGCUGAAACUAAAUGAUAUGCGAAAUAUGGGGGAUUUGGCGGCGGGAUCUCGUCAAUCACAAAAUGGCUCACCAGAGGGAACCGUUCUCUCAGCGCCAGAGACAUCCUCUACGCGUGCUUUGCAUAUGGAUGGGACAUCUGACCGUACUCGUUCAAGCAUGCCUCCGCAGACCACUUCGCUGCAACCACCUAAACUUGCGCCUCCAGUCAACAUCGUUCCUGCAAAUAAUCCUAACACUGCGCGACGUCGGCCUAACCCUAAUGAAAUAAAUGGCAUCCCUGGCUAUAACCCUCAUCCACGUCAUCGCCGAUAUCAUUCAGAGCAACAAGGACAUCCUUACAACUCUAACUUGUCUACCAUCUCUGGAACACCAUCGUUUAACUCAUCCACUCUAAGAUCUCAUGGUCAUGCUGAAAGCCCGAUGGGUUCUAGCAAUCGUUCUCCGGUGAAACGACGUACACCUUCACAAAAUGCUCUUAUGGAGCAAGAUGCAAUCGAGACUUUGUUGUUUAUGUCUAGCCCGGAGAACUCCGGCUAUCAUGCGACCUCGCGACCGAGGCAAACCAACGUCAGCGUUAGCAUUGAGGCACAAAUAGAAUCAAGUUUCAAUGGAAAUACACAGACUUCCUCACAAGGAAGUAAUAUAUCGAAUUCGAGAAACGCAGGCGUGGUGAAUUCCUUUAAUUCAGGGGCUUCCGGCGCAGUACCAGCAGCAUCUAUAGGGUUGGAGGCCCAAGCAGGUGAUGAGAUCGACCGGCUUCUUGACCAAAUGGAAACGCAGAGCGGAAACGACGCGGAGACGCGGCUAUCGUCUUACGGUUUUACUCCUCUUGGCAAUCAGGAGCCGAACCUAUACGAAUCUUCCGGCAUUAAAGGGAUGAGGGAUUGA